AUGUCCGACAAGCCCUCCGACUUUCUCAAGAAGAUCCACCGCCAGAAGGUGGUUGUCAAACUCAACUCCGGCAUCACAUUCACAGGCCGAUUGGCAGCGUUGGAUGCGUUCAUGAACGUCGCGCUGGAAGAUACAGAGGAAUAUGUGAACGGCAAGCAAACGGCAAAGUACGGAGACGCCUUCGUUCGCGGCAACAACGUGCUGUACAUCAGCCCGGCGGAAGAAGAGGAAUGA